UGGGCUGUGACUGGAGGACCGUUGAGGAGGACCGGAUGGAGUGGAAAAGUGACAAACAUUGGCAGUAGAAUGGUCCGUACUAAAGAGCUCAGUGACUUUCAACGUGGCACCGUCAUAGGAUGCCACCUUUCCAACAAGUCAGUUCGUCAAAUUUCUGCCCUGCUAGAGCUGCCCCGGUCAACUGUAAGUGCUGUUAUUGUGAAGUGGAAACGUCUAGGCGCAACAACAGUGCAGCCGCGAAGUGGUAGGCCACACAAGCUCACAGAACUGGACCGCCGAGUGCUGAAGCAUGUAGCACGUACAAAUCGUCCAUCCUCUGUUGCAACACUCACAACUGAGUUCCAAACAGCCUCUGGAAGCAAGGUCAGCACAAGAACUGUUCGUCGGGAGCUUCGUGAAAUGGGUUUCCAUGGCCGAGCAGCCUCUCACAAGCCUAAGAUCACCAAGUCAGGCCUUCAAGCAGUGACUGUCACUGACGAUAUCAAGGAAAAAAUAAAACUUGACUUACCUAAAGUCAAAGGUCAACUGCUCAUUUUCGGCGCCACCAACUGGGAUCUCAUCGGAAGGAAAGAGGUGCCAAAAGCACAAGCGGCCUUCAGGAACCUAGGCCAGAACUUGUGGGGUCCUCACCGCUACGGCAGCGUGAGUGACGUGCAGGUCAGCAGUGUGGUGUCUGGGCCCUGUGCUGCCCACAGCCUCCUAAUCACCACUGAGGGCAAGCUCUGGAGCUGGGGUCGAAAUGAAAAGGGUCAGCUGGGUCACGGGGACACCAAGCGCCUGGAGGCCCCAAAGCUGAUUGAGGCCCUCGCAGACGAAGUGGUGGUGGCUGCAGCCUGUGGUCGCAACCACACCCUGGCAUUGACAGAGGGUGGCACCGCCUAUUCGUUUGGAGAGAACAAACUGGGCCAGCUGGGCCAGGGCAACCAAACAAAUGCAGUCCUCAGUCCAGCCCUGAUCCAGUACAAUGGGCAGCCCUUGGUCAAGGUGGCGUGUGGGGCAGAGUUCAGCAUGGUGGUGGACUGCAAAGGAAACCUCUACUCGUUCGGGUGCCCAGAGUAUGGCCAGCUAGGACACAACUCUGACGGCAAGUUCAUUGCCCGCGCCCAGCGCAUCGAGUUUGACUGCGAGACCAUUCCACGCCGCGUGGCCAUCUUCAUCGAGAAGAGUAAGGACGGCCAGGUGACGCCUGUACCUAACGUGGUGGUCCGAGACGUCGCCUGCGGAGGCAAUCACGUGCUGAUAUUGGACUCCCAGAAGCGGGUGUUUUCCUGGGGCUUUGGUGGUUAUGGACGGCUGGGUCACACGGAGCAGAAGGACGAGAUGGUGCCCAGACUGGUGAAGCUCUUCGACUUCCCCGGGCGCGGGGCAUCCCAAAUCUACACUGGCUAUCAGUGCUCCUUUGCUGUAAAUGAGAUGGGAGGGCUGUUUUUCUGGGGGGUCACCAAUACCUCGCGGGAGUCUACCAUGUACCCCAAGGCCGUGCAGGAUCUGUGUGGCUGGAAGGUCCGCAGUCUGGCGUGCGGGAAAAGCAGUAUAGUUAUAGCUGCAGACGACAGCACCAUCAGCUGGGGACCCUCCCCCACCUUUGGAGAACUGGGAUACGGAGACAACAAGGCCAAGUCCUCCACUACUGCUCAGGAGGUGAAGACCCUGGAUGGAGUUUACACUGAACAGGUGGUGAUGGGAUACGCACACUGCCUGGUCAUCGCUAGACAGGAUACUCCACAGGAACAAGAGAUGCUCAAGAAGCUGCCAGAGUACAACCCAGGCCCCCUCUGAUGGGGCACCAUCCAGCCACCUUACCAUUUGUCAACAGAUUCUCUCCAGAAUGCAUCUCCCCUUUCGGUCACCUUUGUAAGGCUUGAUGGCUGGGGAGGGUGGGCUCCUGUAUGUAUGCGAACACAAACAAGACAGUUCUUUUUGUGUGUUCCCAGAGACCAAUUACAUUUUCUUUGUUCAUGAAGUCCAUGGCAGUAUUACUUUUUGUCAGGUCGACCUGUAUUAUUGUCAGAACACAAUCGGGAUCUGAGACAUUGUGCCAUCAAGUUGAUGCUCUCCGGCCAUUGACUUCCGUUACAUUAUUUCGUUAAUCUCUUCACCUGUAUGAUUAAAUGUUGGUGCCAAGGAUGCGCAACUCACCCUCAGGCCAGUAUCUGCUUGUCAUUCCAGACUUUUUUCACCUCAGUGACUCCUUUUAGCCUGGGAAUCCAGGUGUGGGCACUGCAAUCUUGGAAAUCAGAACCAGCAUGAAUGUGGUUUUGCGACUCUCUUUUAGUGCAAAUUGUUUAACAGGGUGUGGUUAUCCUAGUUUUAAAUCGAGACUGGUUGUUUUUCUUAAUUUGUUUUGGUGUCUGGGUCAGAAGGCCCGCAUGUUUUUUACAUUUCAAACGUGGAAAUGGUAAAGGUUAAUUAAAUUGGUUGAUUUUGUUCA